AUGGCUGUCACGUUGCCGGCUGUCGUGGAGGAACUCCUGAGUGAGAUGGCCGCGGCAGUACGGGAGAGCGCGCGAAUUCCUGAUGACCAUCUAUUAUCGCUCAAGUUUAUCUUUGGCUCAUCAGCCAUCCAGGCCUUGGAUCUAGUUGAUCGACAGUCCAUCACCUUAGUCUCUUCUCCCAGUGGGAGGCGUGUGUACCAGGUACUUGGAAGUUCUGGUAAAACAUACAUAUGUUUGGCCUCUUGUCAUUACUGUUCUUGUCCUGCAUUUGCCUUCUCAGUACUACGGAAAAGUGACAGCCUACUGUGUAAGCAUCUCUUGGCAGUUUAUCUUAGUCAGAUAAUGGGGACCUGCCAGCAGCUAAGCAUCUCUGACAAGCAGUUGACUGAAAUAUUAUUGACUGAGGAGGAACAAGACCAUCAGUAUGGUAUGGUGAUUAGUUUCUGGGGUCUUAAAAGCUUGCUAGUGGCCAUCUAA